AUGGCUCACGUGUACCACCAAAAGGAACAAGGAGGCGGCGGCGGUCAUCACCCCUACCAGGACUCAGACAACGAGGGCCACGGAGGAGGUGGAAAUCAAGGAGGCGGGGGCGGGGGCGAAUCGACCCGCUUCGGGCCCAUCACCGAGACCAUCCUCACCACGCUCUCCCAGGACAACCUCUUCCUCAUCUGCCUGCUCUUCGUCGAGCUGCUGGGCGUCAUCCUCGUCAUCCUCGCCACCUGCUGGAUGCUGCAGAUCGGGGGGCUCGGUUUUGCCGACAAGCUCAUCUUCAACUUCCACCCCAUCCUCAUGACGCUGGGCAUGAUCUUCCUCAAUGCCAAUGGCAUCCUCAUCUACCGCUCCACGCGCACCCUGGGCUACCAGGCCCAAAAACGUCUUCACUUUGCCCUGCAAACGGCGAUGAUCAGCACCAGCUGGCUGGGCUUCCUCGCCGCCUACCUCUCCCACGCCUGGCUCUCCAUCCCCCACUUCUACUCCCUCCACAGCUGGCUGGGGCUGGCCGCCCUCACCGGAGUGACCAUCAGCCUGGUCAGCUCCUACCUCACCUUCCUCUACCCGAAGGCGAAUCCCAUCUACCGCCGCCUGUCGCUGCCCUUUCACGUCUUCGGCGGCAUUGCCAAUAUAGCCCUCUCCGCGGGCAUCGCCGUCGCCGGCAUCACCGAGAAGGCCAUCUUUAGCCUAAACAAAGCCGACGCCAAGCCCGAGGAGACGUACGCCUACCUGCCCUCAGUGGCCAUCCUCCUCAACGUCUUCGGCGUCAUUCUGGUCAUCUUCACCAUUCUGGUGGUGUGGAUGGUCACCAAGCCGGAGUUCAAGCGCAAGUACAAGAUGACCGUCAACACGCCCCACUACGUCCUCCGCCGGGAGAAGACGCUCGACUAA